UCUCUCUCUCUUAGCGUAAAGUAUUUGUUUCUCUUGUACAAUGGAGAAAGCUCAGGCACAACUUCUGGUAAACAUCCAGGAAGAGAUUACAAAAGGUACUUUCACUGACAUACAAAUUAUAUGUAAAGACGGAACAACGACCGGAAGCCGUAUUGUCCUUGCGGCGAUGUCUUCGUAUUUCCGGGCCAUGUUCAGUUCUGAUAUGUCAGAGAGUCAGACGGGCGUCUUGAACCUUCCCACGGUGUCGUUGUCAGUGUUCGAAGACAUGAUCAAAAUGUCUUUGUGUGGAAUCAAUCUAGUGAAUGAAGAUAACUGUAUGCAGGUAAUAGAUGCUGCUGAGAUGAUGCAGCUCGACAACAUCAAACAGCUCUGUGUACUACACCUGAAGGAAGGACUGACUCUAACUGAUAAAAACUGUCUGGGUUGGUGGAGACUUCUGAAAAUGUACAAUUUCCACGACUUGUCCAACAGAGCUUUUUUCUAUAUGGCUGAAAAAUUUGCUGAUUUUGUUCAAACAGAAAAUGUUGUUCAGCUGUCAAAGGACGAAUUGUUGGAAAUAAUUUCCAAAGAAGAGAUGGAAUGUACAGAAGACAUCAUUCUGAAAGGCGCCAUGAAGUGGAUUGAGCAUAAUAACCCGGAACCAGAUGACGUCAAAUUUAUUUUUGAAAACGUGCAUCUUGAUAUUGUAGAUUCACAGUUUCUGAUUGAUGACGUCACAUUUUCAGACAUUGUUUGUAAAAACAAAUCUGUCCAGAUAAUGAUACAAAAAGUGCUACGUUCACCAUGUCGAGUGUCGGCUCGUUCAAGGGUCAGUACUAAAAUACGUGAUGUCUUCGUUCUCCAUCAUAACAACACGUCACUACUGUCUUGUUUCACGUCACACAACAAGUGGGAGGACGUCCCACCAGCCCCAGUAGAUCCUGGAUCUUGGUAUUCAGCAGCAGGUUUGGACGACAAGAUCUAUAUCACUGGUGGUCGUAACAAGAAGAAAUGUGCAUUAAUUUAUGACACCAUUACCAAAGUGUGGACAGUAGGUCCAGAUCUCACACAUGACCACUGCUAUCACUGUAUGGCCACAGCUAACUCUAAAGUGUACUUGAUAGGUGGAGGUUAUAGCAACACAUUAGAGGAAUUAAGCGAAAGUGAGAAGCACUGGCAGGUUGUUGGAGAUUUGGGAUUGAGACGAUAUUACACUUUCCCUGUUACAGUUGGUGAGAACAUUCUCGUUAUGGGAGGCAUGACAGACUCAGGCGGAUCAGAUAUUAUCCAGUGUUUCAACACCAGAACUCACACUGUCAGUCAGCUGAACACAAAGUUACCUUGUAGCUCUGAGUCACUAAGAGGCUGUGUUCAGCUCCCAGAUGUUUAUCUGUUAGACUACGACGGCCACGUGAUGCACCUCCAGGUCACCAACACAGAUGGUGACAUCCAGAUUCAGGUUAAAUCCACAACGAAAUAUAAAUCAUUUGAAUAUUAUUUUGGUGUCACACAACGAGAUGGAAGCUUGCUGUGUUUUACAGAAGAUGGAAUCAGAACAUUCAACCUCGCUGAAGGUAAAGAAGAACAGAGUACAUUCCAUAAGUCACCUAGAAGUGGCAGAAUGUACAACGUGUGCACAAAGUCAUCUGGGAAAACAUCGUGAUGGUUGUUCAUUGAAUAAUCUCAGUGUGAACACACUCUAAAUAUUCUUCAUUAAUCUCAGUGAGAGAGCUCGCCUCAUGUUCUGAGACAAGAUUAGAGUUACAAACAAAGCUAGGCCUACUGAACACACUGUAAGCAUUUUUCAUUAAUCUCAGUGGGAGAGCUCGUCCUCUGUUCUGAUACAAGAUUAGUGUUACAAA